AUGUCGUUGCUUUCAGAUCUCAUUAACCUUAACCUCUCAGACUCCACUGAGAAAAUCAUUGCUGAGUACAUAUGGAUUGGUGGAUCUGGAAUGGAUGUGAGGAGCAAAGCAAGGACUCUUCCCGGUCCGGUUAGUGAUCCUUCAAAGCUUCCCAAGUGGAACUAUGAUGGUUCCAGCACAGGCCAGGCUCCUGGAGAAGACAGUGAAGUGAUCCUAUAUCCACAAGCUAUUUUCAGGGAUCCAUUUAGGAGGGGCAAUAACAUCCUUGUCAUAUGCGAUGCUUACACUCCUGCCGGCGAGCCUAUUCCGACAAACAAGAGAUGUGCUGCUGCAAAGAUUUUCAGCAGUCCUGAUGUUGUUGCCCAGGAGCCCUGGUUUGGACUUGAGCAAGAAUACACCUUGUUGCAGAAAGAUGUUAAAUGGCCUCUUGGCUGGCCUCUUGGUGGCUAUCCUGGCCCUCAGGGACCAUACUACUGUGGUGUUGGUGUUGACAAAGCCUUUGGCCGUGACAUUGUUGAUUCACAUUACAAGGCUUGCUUGUAUGCAGGCAUCAACAUUAGUGGAAUCAACGGAGAAGUGAUGCCAGGCCAGUGGGAAUUCCAAGUUGGACCUACAGUCGGUAUCUCUGCCGGAGAUGAAUUAUGGGCUGCUCGGUACAUUUUGGAGAGGAUUACUGAGGUUGCUGGAGUUGUGGUUUCAUUUGAUCCUAAGCCAAUUCAGGGAGAUUGGAAUGGAGCUGGGGCACACACAAAUUACAGUACUAAGUCUAUGAGAAAUGAAGGAGGUUAUGAAAUCAUCAAGAAAGCAAUUGAAAAGCUUGGUCUGAGGCAUAAAGAACACAUUGCAGCCUAUGGAGAAGGAAAUGAGCGGAGACUCACAGGAAGACACGAAACAGCUGACAUUAAUACUUUCAAAUGGGGCGUUGCAAAUCGGGGGCUUCUAUUCGUGUCGGCCGCGACACAGAGAAAGAAGGAAAAGGGGAUUAAUGUCAAUCACUUCUAUGGAAAGCCUGAUUUCUAG